ACGCUUUUGGUGUCAACAUGGAGGAUCAUAACAAAAUGAGUUGACAAUUGCUUGUAGCUUAUAAAAGGUCCUGCUAAAAGGAGUUGGCUUUUGAAAAAGCCUGGACGAGGCAUCACAAAGGUGUAACUAUGGCGGACAGAUAUCCUUCCCAGCAUGCCUCAGAAGACGUGGAGUUUCGUGUAGAUCCACGUUUUACUGAUCUCCAACGAAUUGGCUGUGGUGGAAAUGGCAUCAUAUAUUCUGCCACAGACAGUGAUUGUGAUAAAUCAGUUGCCAUCAAGAAGCUGUGUUUUGUGGACAAGAAAAGCUGUAAAUAUGUAUUAAGAGAAAUCAGAAUAAUGCGACGUCUACAACAUGAAAAUAUAGUCACAGUCUAUGAAAUACUAGGUCCGAAUGGUUUCGCAAUGGGUCGCCAUGGUAAUAUCAACGUAAAUGAAAUGAAGAAUUUAUAUAUCAUUCAGGAGUUACUUGACAUCGACCUCUAUCAGCUUAUUCAGCAGGGUCAGCUGACAGAGGAACAUACUCGUCUGUUUCUUUAUCAGCUAUUACGAGGUCUCAAAUACAUACAUUCAGCAAAUGUUGUCCAUCGAGAUCUCAAGCCAGCCAAUCUCCUUAUCAACUUAGAUGAUAUGGUGCUGAAGAUAGCCGACUUUGGACUUGCCAGGGUUGUGGAUACAGAAUAUUCUCACAAGGGUUUCCUGACAGACGGUGUGGGGACCUGUUGGUACCGAUCCCCAGAGCUUAUUGUGUCUCCCAGGGACUACACCAAAGCUAUUGAUAUCUGGGGAGUUGGAUGUAUCCUCGCCGAGAUGUUGACAUGUAAACCUCUGUUUCCUGGAGCCAAUGAGAUGGAUCAGAUGGGACAGAUUAUCGAUGCACUUUCCCUCAAUGAUAACGAGUGGAACAUACUGACACAGGUCUUGCCUGGGUCUGUGCUCCGACAGAGGUCAAAGGCUCCCAAACACUCCCUCAGAUCUAACUUCAAAGAUUUCAGUUCUGAUGUUGUUGACCUGCUGGAGAAACUGUUGGUAUUCAGUCCUGGUCAGAGACUCACUGCUGAGGAAGCUCUCGCUCAUCCAUAUCUCCAAAAAUACAGCUGUCCAGAGGAUGAGCCAAUCGUCAUCAAGUCCUUCCAUAUAGAACACGAGAUUGAUGAUUUGUCACCAAAAGUUCUGAGGAAAAUGAUCAACCAGGAAUCUGUUGACAAACCGAAUCAUUGUGGCAGCCAUAUUGAAGUUACUAGGGUAACAGAUAUAAAGGAUUCUUUGGUGGAGAAGCAGGGCUGGUGUAACAAGCAGGAGUGUCAAAAAUCAGUAUCUUCAUCAUCAACAUCCUCUUCUUUAUCAUCAUCAAAGCCAUGGAUGAAAAACUCAGGAAUAUCAAAUGAUAAUCAGGAAAUCAUUGACGACUCACUUAGCAACAGUAUGGACUCAUUAACCGAAAUAGAAAUAGUCCCAUCAGAUGAAUUGUGUGAAGAAAUUAUGCUCAUUGAAGAAAAUUUUCAGAAAGAGAUGCAGUUAAAUGUUGUGGUAAAUCUACCUGACGAGGAAAACAAAAAAGAACAACUUUCUCCGAAAGAGGAGAAAUCUCAGGAAGAGAAAGAGAGUGAAAAUAGAGGAGAAAAAAAUGUGCAGGAAGAAAAAGGUCUGUCUUCUCCACGAUCUCUAGGAAAUAAAGGGUUAAAGAAUUUCACGUGUCCAAAAGUGAAAGAUCGUCUCAAUGAGGAAAAGCGAGCAGAGUCACCAAGAGAUGAAAAACCAAAUAAACUGAAAGGCAGAAUUGACCUUGAGGGUGUAAAAGGUAAAGGUCGCAGCAAAGACAAGAGUAAGGGGGAUAACUCUAAACAGGAAAAAAUGAAAAACAACAAGAAUAAUAAAUACAGUGUGGAAACAAAUCCAGAUUUCGAUUCAAUGUACCGCUUACCGACAGAACAUCUGAUGACACAAAGACACAACAGUCGACAAGACAGAAGGAUCCCAUUACCCACCAGGGUUGAAGACCAGCUUAAACUCCACGAAAAGUUAAAUGAAAAGCUGAGAUUGGCCGAGUUGGAGCGAGAUUCUUGCAGGUGCUCAGGUGCCAGUGGUGGAAAUGUGACUUCUCCUGAGUCAGAAUUUAGAGAGGAAAUCUUUGAAGAGCAUGUUCGUAGUCGCACAGGAAGUGGUAGUUCUGGGUCAAAUCCAUCUCGUGAAGACAGUCCAAGCUGUGAACUACCUCACAGGAGGUUUGAACAUUGAUGUUAGCAAAUGUUAGAAAACUUUGUUUAACAAUGCUACAUAAAAUUCCACAUCAGUAUUUUUUCUAUUAUUGAGUGCAAUGAAGUGUUGGUACAUGUGAUUGUGUUGUUAGGUAUCUAAUAUGUUUAUAAAAGUUUUGGAGUGAAAAGGAGUGUAUUCAGCCAAUCAGGUAGAUUAUUUUUCUACUUACAUCUUGUACAGUUUGAUGCUUUGUCUUAAUAUUUUAAAUUGAAAUGUAUAUCUUAACUUUUAUGUAAGUUGGUGGUCUACAAAGUAUUAUACAAAUCCUAAAUGAUUACUGUUUGCAAUUGACUUUUGAUAGAAAAAGAAAUAUUAGAUUGUUUUACACUAUGUGUUGAAAAUUUUAGAUCCAUUUUAACCAAUUUUUUAUUCAAUUUACUUUUCCAAAUAAGAAUUCAAUUGAACCCUUUUAUAUAUGAUACAACAUCAGACAAGUCAUUAUUUACUAACAUUUAUGAAAAAGUAAUCAUAGGAUUGAAUUUGUUUUGAUAAAAAUUACAAGUCUGCAUACAUACAUAACUCUGAUGAUUUCUUUAACAAGCAGCUAUUUUAAGUUUGUUUUUAUACACACUGUUAAGGUAGAUAUGUUCUUAGUUCAAAUUUUACUGUUAAUUUAUCACAUCAUGACAUGGUACAGGUGGUUUAUUACGUAAUCCAUCUGUUGUCCAGUUGAUUCCCACAUGUAUGUAAUAUGUUUGUGUAUUUGUUACGAGUGUAGCAUUUUUCUUUGGCUGCACCAGUCAGAAAUCAAUUGUGAUGUCAUAAUAUUGACGAUAUUACAUCGUAAACUGAACAUGGCACAACAAAAUGGCUACCUCCAUUUUAUAUUGCCUCCAGCAAUUUGACUUUAAAACUUGUUGAAAUGAAAACAAAUUGUGUGAUAAAAAGUAUCUUUAAUUUGUUUUUUAAAAAGGAAGUUUGUUUUUAUUUGAUCGUAGAUUUGUUUAAACUCAUCUAGAUCUUGAAUCUUUAAUUUUGGCUUGCCAAGGCUCACAUCUCAUAUGAAAUGAAUUUAAGAUUGUACAUCAUGAGUGAUACAUACAGGUUUUAUGUAGUUAUUUAACUGGUUCUCGUAAAUCAUUUAAUGAGGAGAACUUCACCAUACAUGUAUUAAAUCCAAGAUAACCAUCAUGAUACACUUACUUGUACACCUAUGUACAUGUAUGUUCUUCGGUCAUUGAAAUUAGUUUCUUUUCUUGUCUAGCUGGUCCAGAUAAAAUCUGGGGAAUGAUACAGGCCCCAUUGACCUUUUACAAUGUACAAAGGAAAUGAGGAACAAAUUAGAAUUUGAUUUUGACCCAUCCUUUGCUGGACAGCAUAUUGGUUAUAAUUCUAGACAUAAAUUUUGUUUUUUAUUUAUUUUUUGUUUUCCAAUAAAUAUGCAUUUGUCAACAUUG